AUGCUUAGCUCGCACAAUCCUACUGCUGCAACGGGACACCCGCAUCUUCACAUUUUCCGUAAUUCCCGCACACCGCAUGCCCCAAGACUGACCCCGAUCGCUCCCACGUCCCCGCUCCCACGUCGGCGCUCGCCGCUCCCUUCAAAUCGCCUUUCUGCUGCUUCUGCAUUUCCCCGCAGAUCACGAUGCAAUUGCCCCUUCGGCCACUAGCGAAGCAGCUACCCGCACUGCCUUCUAUGUUUCAGCAUCCCUGCGUACCUUGCCGGAUGCCAGCAAUUCGCCCAAGAGAUGCGCCUCAGGUGCCUGCGUUUUGCACUCCGACCCCCACCCCAUCCGUCUAUCGCAUUCAACACCUGUCAUCCUGGUAAAACCAAACUAUGUUUUCCCCGCCCCC